GAAAGAGGUGUUAGAGAGAAUAUGUGUAGGACUGUGAAUUGGCUUUCUCUAGUCAUUUUCGUAUGGUGGUGUUAAUCGAUCUGCACUAUUGUUGUUUUACCCCACUAAAGGCAUCUUCUUUUGCUUUACCAGCUUCUUUGCCUGUGGUCAUUCUUUAUAUUAAGAGAAUAUUUUGCAAAAGAAAACACACCCAGAACUGGUCUCUGUUGUCCUCCUCAUUGUACUAAAUUCACUCUUUUUCAUAUUAUUCCCUUCCCCUUGUGCUGCAUACUGCUCCCCUUGAUUUGGGUGUUGUUUUGGACAGUAUCAAAAGAAUGAAACUGCUCCGAAUGGCAGUAGGUUACUUUAAGAGUCUAUUGGGCAUAUCCUAAACAACAGUGAAGGAAGUGGCCAAUAGUGACCACUUUCGUUAUAUAGUGCGGUGACCCAAAAGCAGAGCAGCUGGGACCUCAUUCAAUCUCUAAAAGAGGAUUGAGUUUCAUCACUCUCUUUUUUGCUGGUCAAGAUUCUGGAAAAAGAUCAGUUUAUGGGCCUCAAAACAGGGAGUUUUCAUUAGUUAGCACAGUGCUCAAAUGCUUUUUCAAAAGUAAGAGAGAGUGUGUGCACAAUUCCUACAGACCAAAUUGAUGCUUGACAGGCAAACACCCAAUUCAUGAUUGACAAACUUACAUAUGUACAUGUUAAGAUAUAUAUAUGCAACAUGUAUUUCAACAAGGACAAAGGUAAUUUUGCUCUGAUUCAUUAGCACAGGCAGUUCUAGUAAAAGCAUGUUCAGUACUGAUACUAGUUACAGUUCCCUAUCUCCACCCAAAGCCAACAUAAAAUGCAUCAAGUCAAGAAGCCUAGCAUGGACUCUCUGUCAGAUAGAGCCAUUGUCUUGCAUGAAAUUAGUCAUUCUGUAGACACUGGGCUAGUUUUGUCAACAGACCCAAAGCCUCGCUUGAGAUGGACUGCAGAGCUUCAUGAAAGAUUUGUUGAGGCUGUUGCUAAGCUUGGAGGUCCAGAUAAAGCUACACCCAAGUCUGUGAUGAGAGUCAUGGGUGUCAAAGGCCUUACUCUUUAUCACCUGAAGAGCCACCUUCAGAAAUACAGACUAGGCAAGCAGCCUCACAAGGAGAUUAAUGUGGACACUAACAAGGAUGGAGCUCCUCGUGGAGGAUCUGUUGCAGCUUUUGGGGCAGCAACUUUUCGGGCUUCUGAAGUUCAAGCUGGAUGCAACUCUGUGUCAACCAUGCUAGGGACCAACAUGACAGACACCCUGCAGAUCACAGAGGCACUGCGAAUGCAGAUGGAGGUACAGAGAAGGUUGCAUGAACAAUUGGAGGUGCAAAGACACUUGCAGCUUCGGAUAGAAGCUCAGGGAAAGUACCUACAGGCAAUCCUAGAGAAAGCGAGAGAAACUCUUGCAGGUCAUAACAUGGGAUCAGUGGGAUUGGAAGCUACCCGUGCAGAGCUUUCAGAAUUGGCCUCAAAAGUAAAAAAUGAAUGCCUUAAUCCUGCAUUUUCUGCCUUGGCAUUCACUUCUUUGCCUGAAAUUCCAGGUUUAUGUCCUGAAUCAUUAAUUACACACCGUCAGUCCCAGGUUGCAGACUGUUCCAUUUAUAGCUGCCUCACAUCAAAUGAAAGUUCUGAGAAGAGCCCGACAGAGAACAUGCAUGUUGGUGUUAGAAAACGGUCAAGGUCUGCAUAUGAGAACAAUAUGCAGUUUUGGCAGAAUCAAAUGACAGAAGAUGCAAGGCUGCAAGAACUGACAGCACAAGAGACUCUUUCAUCUCCUUCCUCUAGGACAAAGAGUCCUAACACCAAAGAAUCUUUUCAUGAGAGAACUGUAAGUGACCGAAUACUAGCAGAAGAAAAUGGUAACAGCCUGUCUUUUGAUACAAAAAGACCUGAGCAAGAAAUGAAUGGAUUGCUUGUUGACCCCCCUGCAAGGAAAAUAUCAGUGUUUUCUUGUAAUCUAUCCUUGCAAGAGAAUAGCCAGGGAUGUGAUAAGGGAAAACUUUAUACAAAUCAAGAUAAACCCCACUCAGAGAACUUCAACAAAUUCUCCAAGAUAGCACCAGAGUUGGACCUAAAUUCAAAUGGUGACACUGCUAUAUCUUCUAAGGAAAGAGGGCUUGAUUUGAAUUGUUAUGGGUGGAGAUGACAAAUGGUUCCAAAAUUGUUUGUUUUGGUAUGCACCUCGAAGCAUAAGUUCAUAUCAUGAAUCCCAGAAGGCUUAAAGGUGAAAAGCAAGUUCUGUGAAGUAGAAUGAAACUCAGAGCCCAUGCCAUCGCCUGAUUGCUUCAUACAUUGGCUAUGAUAUGGGAAAGGGUUUGUAGGAUCUUAGAUUCCCGAUUCAGUUCCUUCUAUGAGAAGAACAUUAAGACAGGUUCCAUUCUGUGUAUGUAUUAUGAUGUAUAUAAUGCAAUUAUACUACCAUAUAAUUUGAAAAUUCCCAAGCCUCUGUUUUCAUUU